AACGUCAAAGUUCCAUCCAACUUCUAUCUUUCACCUAACCUUUAGUAUCUUUCACCUAGUUGCGGCCGGCGUUACUCCUCCAAUCUCCCAUCUUUCUCAAUUCACUUCUUUCUUCAACCCCCCCAUAUCCCCCAUAUUUCAUAUGUACCCAAUCUAAAACUAGUAGGACGCGUAUUAUCGUCAAAACUCCAACUUUCAUUCGCGAAUUACGAAAAUAGAAGAAAAAGAAUUUCAAUGUAUUAAUAAUCACAUGCAAACUGGAUUUGUUUAUUCGUCUUCGUUCGCAAUGGAAUAGUCUCAGUUUACUAGUUCGCCAGUCUGUUGUAAGUCUUUAUCUGGACUCAUCAAUCCACUUGGAAUUGGUCCGCCGCCACGAAAGCAAGCUGAUACCCAUCGACCUCGACUCGCUCUAGCCAAUUGUCUAACUGUCCAACUUUCCAUCUGUUCAUCUGGCCAACCCUGACGUCGCACCCCCGAUUAUGAUUGUCGCCUUUGUCCGACAUUGACACACAAUCUCUACCAAUUCUUUUCCUUACCUUACUUUACCUUCUUUUUGCUCCUCCUUCCCGUCCUCUGUCCCCCGCUCCCCCGUAGGCCACGAAAAGCCCGACAGUACCGGCCAAGCCACCACCCAAUCAGAAGCAUCCCCUAACAGCGGCCCCCAGUUGCCAGUUGAGGCCCGGCCUGUCCUCCACUAGGGUCAGCAGUAUGUCGAGCUCUUUUGAGAAGUCCGUCAAGGGCGCAACCAAAAUCAAGGCCGCACCGCCGAAAACCAAAUAUAUCGAGCAUAUUCUAGUGGCCACGCACUCAGGCGAGGCGGGAGUUGGAGAGGUCUUCAGGGCGCUGCAGAAUCGUUUACGAGAUUCCACAUGGACCGUCGUACUCAAAAGCUUGAUAACUGUUCAUUUGAUGAUCAGGGAGGGCUCUCCAGAUGCGACUUUGUCCUAUCUAGCAAAACACCGAAACCAGCUGGCCAUCAGCUCUUUCACUGACGCUCAAAUCCAAGGCCGAAACAUACGACAUUAUGCCAACUACCUUGCAGAACGUGUGCGUGCAUAUAGAGAUACGAAGGUGGAUUGGGUUCGCGGCAAAGAAACGCGACUGGAGAAGCUUUCUGUCGAUAAAGGUCUACUCCGAGAAACCGAGGUCGUUCAACAUCAACUAAUCGGUCUGCUGAAAUGCGAUGUCUUGGAGGAUCCCGAAAACGAAAUUACCAUCACCGUCUUCCGACUUCUAGUUUUGGACUUGUUGUCCUUAUUCCAGGUGCUUAACCAAGCCAUGAUCAACAUUUUGGGACACUUUUUUGAGAUGUCGAGACCAGAUGCGGAAAGGGCUUUGGAGAUAUACCAAAACUUCACAAAACAGACGGAUUAUGUGGUACAAUAUCUGGCUGUAGCAAGACAAUGGGAACCUCAUACUAGGGUCGAGGUUCCCAAGUUGAAGCAUGCGCCGAUCAAUUUGCGCCGCCAGCUAGAGGAAUAUUUGAAAGAUCCCGACUUCGAAAUCCAUAGGAGACAAUAUCUUGCAGAACUUGAUGCUAAGAAAAAGGGAGGAGCUGGACUAUCAUCGAAGACAGACAAGGGCGCCGACUCGAAAGCUGCGGGCGCUAAAACGAAGGGAGCGAGUUCGUCAUCACAACCGCUACCACAAAUUUCUAGGGGACCCGAUCCGGAUCUCAUCGAUUUCUUCGAUUCGAUAGAACAGAACCAGACUACAAUGGCCGUGCAACCGACUCCACAAGCACAAAUGGGCCAGAUUAACCAACAGAUGCCCACAGGUAAUCCUUUCCCUUCGAAUGGGGGCUUUGGAUUGCAACAGACCGGCCAAAUUCAAGGCAAUGGGUUUCUACCUCAACCAACCGGAUACCAACCUAAUAAUGGUCCCUUCCAACAGCAGAACGUUGGCGCAUUCUCCCAGCAGCAACAAAUGCCAAACCAGAUACAACCGAAUUUUACUGGUGCUGGUUUUGGUGGCUACACGCCGCAACAGUAUCCUCAGGGUGGCCUGCCUUCCAUGCCGCAAGAUUCUCUGGCUCCUUUCCAAGCCGGGACACUGGCGCCCCCCAUGCAAACAGGAAUGCAGACAGGUCUUCAGCCUAGUCAACAGACGACGAACCCUUUUAGAGCUUCCAUGAUGAUGGCUAAUCAAACGGGAGCGCUCAACAAUUCGUUCUCGCCGCAGAAUGCGCCGCAAACUCCGAGCGGCGGCCUAAGUCGGCAAAAUACAAACCCAUUUGCCCGAGCAUCCCCUCAAGCAGGCACCCCUUUUUCGAACCCACCAUCAAGUUCUCCUUUCCCGUCGGCCCCACCCAUUCCAACUCAGCCCGCACCGCUUCAGUCGGCGGUAACUGGGACCAACCCAUUUGCCCGCAAUUUUGGUCAACAGCAAAAUCAAGCUCAACCCCAAGCACAGAGACCUCAGACAAGCAGCGGACUCAUGCCACAGCCUACGGGAAGUACGAAUCCGUUCCGACAAGGCGCCUUUGUAAAUCAUCAGACAGGGAUGGGUUGGCAGCACGCCCAGCAGCCGAUUGGAGGAGGCCUAGACCAGAUAGAGACGAUGCCCGUAUUUCCACGACCGGCCACACAAACACCUUGGCAACAAUAGUGUCGCUGUGUGUGGCUUUUUCUUUUUAGGAGUAGUUGAAAAAACUAAAGAGAACGAAGAAAGGAGAUUAUAUUGAGUCUCUAGAUAUUCUUUCCCCUUUUGAUUUGUUACGGCACGCAUAGAGCAAGGCGUUAUGCUUGGAAUUCGUGAUUCCCCCAUGCGCAGGACUAGGACUAGACUAGGACACUUCGGCCGAGGAAAGAGAGAGGCGCCUCCUCGCUUGAUGAAAGCUGGCAGAGGCAAGGCAUAACGAAUAAAUAAACCCACGAAAACCAUCCUCGAAGGACAUCCACGGGAUAUGGAGGGGGGAAUUGUCUGUAAAACUGUAAACUAGGAUUUUCCCAAUGUAUUACCUACCUACCUACCUACCUACCUACCUAGGGGUUCUUUACACUAGUGUACCUCCCUCCUUUCUCUGGGUCAUCCCUAGGGCAGUGGAUUUUGGGUCUGAUUCCAUUUGCAAGAACUUUUGUAGAAAGAAUUGAGCAGGCUAGAGAGCUAGCUAGCUAGCAUGCAAGAAGACAAGCAAGCAAGCAAAUAAAGGAAAGAUGUGAAGAUGUGAAGACGCGAGCUGGCCGGAUGACUUGAUAUGCCAUGUUGUGUAUGUACCUAUGUAAGUUCGCUCGUUCGUUCGUUCUUUUGUCCAUCGCCAUGUAAC